UCGCAUACUAUGUCCUCACACUGAAUUUGAAAAAGUGAUAUGCAAAUAAUGGGGGAAACGGCAGAAAAUAUGACUGAGAAAGAAGUGCUUAACGAUUUCAAAGAGAGCUAUUAUAAAGUAAGGAAGUUACUCGACGAGGAGAGCAAAAAUGACCCAGAAACUGAGCCGUAUCUCUCCAAAUACAAAGCCAAAGAGUUAUUGUUGACCAUGCGCGAAUCUCUUACCAAAAUAAUAAGGUCCCAGACCGAUUUGGACAGGGUAAAGCUGGAUGCGAUGCUGGGAACGGUUCUCUUAAACAUCGGCAUCAUUAACAUGGACACGGAAGAAUUGACGGCCAGCGAAAAGGUUCUUACAGAAGCAGUGGAUCUACUCUCCGAAAAUUCUUUAAAACCAGAGGUCAUUACGACUGUGCUAAAUAUUUACAAUAAUUUAGGCAUUCUAUGGUCAAGCAGAGAUAAUCCGGAAACAGCUAAAGUAUUUUUACUUAAAGCCAAAGAACUGUAUGAAUCUUUCAAAUGUACUUUACAAAUGCCUUUGCCUAUUGAACAAAUGAUUGCGAACUUUGAGGAGACUCCUGUAUCGGAUUUUAUGCUGCUGGAGAAAGCAUAUACAUUGACCCUGUACUACUUGGCACAGGUGUAUGGUACAUUGAAAGAGAAUUUGAAGUCAGGUGUGUACUGUCAUUCAACUCUGCGCAGGCAGUUGCAGUACUUGGACUAUGAGCCCAUAGAUUGGGCUUUAAAUUCUGCCACACUGUCUCAGUUCUUUGCUGAGCAGAAUGGUUUUUACCAGUCAAAACAUCACUUAGCAGCAGCUUCUACAAUCCUUGAGAAGUAUGAGGAGAAAAUGAUGGAGUCAGCCAGUAAUGAUGAUGCAUUUUUAGCUAAAGUGGAAACAUUUAAACAUAGAUCAGCAGAUGUGGCUCGGUGCUGGGCAAAGUAUUGCCUGCUGCUUAUGACUGCCUCAAAGGCUAGGUUGAUGACAGACAGUGAAAUGAGCGCUGAUGCUGUAACUGACAUGUCUAAUUUGAAACUUGAAGAUGAAGGAAAUAUCUGUGAUGGAGACAUUAAAAACCUAAUAUUCCCUGAUCUGGAUGUGUCUGCAUAUGAAAAGAAAAUUACAGAUAAGGUCCUACUCACUUACCAAGAUGCCAGAGAAGUGUUUCUAAGUUGCCAGAGCUGGUUAAAUAAAGCUAAAGAAUACUAUAAAUUGGAUACAUUAGCAUCGGAUUACAUAGAGCUUGUUCAAGACAAUUCUCAAGCUUAUUCAUAUCUGGCAUUUUUUGAAGAGGAUGAUGAAAGACGCGCCAAAAUGCACAAGCGGCGUAUAGACAUGCUGGAAGAACUAAUCAAAGAAAUCAACCCUACAUACUACCUACAGUACUGUCGACAACUGUGGUAUGAACUCGGAGAAGUCUACACUGAUAUACUCAAUAUAAAAUUGGAAAAGCUAAAUAAUUCCAAUGAGAGACCUACCCCACACGCAUUGAAGAAAAUUAAUGCACUAUGUGAAAAGAGUAUUGAGAUGUAUGAUCACUUUAUCAACUCAGUAAAGGAUAAAAAUGGUAAAAUGCCGCUUAAACUAGAUAGUGAUCAUGUAAGGCCUGUAAUAAGUGCAUAUGCAUUUAUAGGUAGAAAUAGUAUGAAGAGAAUUGCUCUAGAUAAGAACACUCAACUAGAAAAUGCUCAGAAGAGUUUUGACUCAUACCAGGCUGUUGUGGACAUCUGUACUAAUGACCCUGAUGCGGCUUCAAUGAUGCAAGAAGAAUACAGUUUGUGUAAGGAAAUGGUACAGAUUCUGCCCAUAAAAAUUAAAAAGUUACAAAUGGAGCAGCUUGAGUAACUUGCAUUAUGUUGCUUGCAGCUUUGCUUGUUUAGUAGCCAUAGCAAUAGUAAUUGGUUUCACAAAGAGCAAAAUUGUUGUUUACCCCUCAUUCUCAUAUUGAGGUCCAGCAUGAGCAGAAUCUUGAGCAUUGCUGAGUUUCAAGGCACAUAAGGUGAACAUUGCUGUCAAGUGAAGCAUAAAAAUUCAUCACAACAUUGCAAGGAAAAUACUAGCUGAACAACUAUCAUCUUACGAAACAUCUUAUAAUUUGCAUCUAAUUACUUUGCACUUUAAUAUAAAAUGCAACUUUGCACACAGAUUUUGAAUAAUAAAGAAAGCUUUUCCGAGUGGGUGCUGUGAAGUAGUAUAUUGUGCAAUAUCACGAUUCCAGGGUUGAUCCCAUUUACUCAGUUUGUACGGUCUAUAUGUCGUAGGUAGGCCGAUCGUAAGAUCAGGCAGAUCGUAAUGUUCCUGUGUAAUGUUUUGACGAUAGUCACAUUAAACCCGAAGGGCAAACUGCCCAGAAAUAGGAGCCCCGCGUAGCGGGGCUCCGUCGACUCAGGGAACGAGUCAAAGAUUUUCACGUUUCACGAUAUGCCUAGGAAUUUCACGAUAUGCCUGAUCUUACGAUCGGCCGCCGACAUAUAUAUUCAACUUACAAAAUAUAGCCAAGGGUUGAAAAAACAUACUGUAUGGAGUGUUUACUGUAUACUGUACUGGUACCAAAUGGUAUCUCAACAUGGGUUAACUUUAGAGAGAAAUUUAUUCGACAUUUUAUGCUUAUUUACAUAUAAUUGGUAUUUCAUGUAUUCCGUAUGUUUGUAAUAAAGGAAACUUUUAAA